AUGGACCAACUACCUGAUAUUGAUCAUUGGCUUGUCACCCCUGACAACCCUCCUCGCAACCAGAUUGGUCUUGACCACGAGCGUUGCGUUGCUCUCUACAACUACCUCCUACAAUACUCCUUUGCAGCAAGCAACAAAGAAUUCGGCGAUCGUCACAAGAUAUCCUGGUUCGAGAAACACGGAGAUAAAGCCGAAAGAGCCCGCGAGCACCUCGACCCAAGCCUCAUCAAGUUUCUCGAGAAUGCCUAUGAUCCCCGGGACGCGGAUUUUGCUAUUCUCUUCUACUGGGUCAGAGGCAUUAAUGAUCCCACGUAUCUCUGGACAAACUGGGAGGAUUUCUCCAAUCUGGGCGAGGAACACGGACGCAUGACGCUGUUCUAUACAAAUUGCGCACUUCUUGGUUGUCAUCAGGACGGUCUAUGCUAUGAUCAACAGCUACAUAAAGCAGUUGUGUUUAUUAGUAUCCAUGAUCAAGACUUCGCUAGUGGAGACGAGAAUUCGCACCUAUGGUAUCCUCUUGAGACAAUCUUGAGAAAUUGGAUUACGGUGCUCAGAAUGGGCAAAAUUACGGCUGAACCCGAUGAUGUUAAAGUCGAGAAUGACAGAUACCGGCCUUGGACUUGUCAUAGAUAUAGUACGAAGCAAGUUGAAGACACGGUUACUGCUUUUAAUCGUCUUGCUGAUGCUAUCGAGAGCAGAAUCCCGAGCACACGAAAAGGGAUGCCCCCGGUUCGCAACUUUUCUCAUGAGUUGAUGGAUGCUACUCUUAUCCCCAACCCUUCCUUUGCUCGCUCCUUCCUAAGCGCUAUUGGUGUGCCGGCUUUCAAGUACAUUGCGCCUGGUCUUUUGAUUCCCACCGAAGAAGACUUUGCCAAGAAUCAAAUUUUAGCUGCAACUGAAAAUUAUGACAAGCUGAGCACCAUCCCAGCGGUACUAUUAUUCAAAGUGGAACCUGAAUCUGCCAGCCAAGAGCAACAAGGGCUAAAUGCUGAGAAUAAAGACGAACAUACUCGCAAACCUGCAGGUCUUUACACCGAAGAAACACAAGUCUGGAACGACGACAUUGCCGAAGAAGGAUUUCGUUUGAUCCUGCCAUACUCCAUUGCCGAGCACGGAUUUGCGCGUAAGAGGACAGGACAUUUGAUCGAGCAGAACGGGAACGGUGGGUUCGAGGACUUAUACCAACAUGGGUUCAAACCAUUCGGUGGAGACUGGUCAAGGGCGCAGAGACUAGUUCGGUUGUUUGACAAUUGGACUGGUAUGGUUGAGAAAGGCCUGUGGGAAGUUGGUCCGGAUGGUGUUAUGGGAGGUAUUGAGAAGUUUAAGGAGGCUGAUAGUGAAGAGGGUUGGAGGAAUUAUUGGAUUGAGUCCGACUAG